GUAGGCUCAUAUAUAUAUAUUAUAGAACAUGAAAGUGAGACAGAAAAAGGAAGGGACCAUCAUCGCCUUAGGUUUCAAUCAACGAAUCCGCUUAUCUGAACUCAAUUCAUUCCGGCAGCCGCUCAAUCCGCCGCAUUAAACUCCGUAUUCUUCUUUUUAAGAUUUAAUCCUACGAUUCGCGCUGUGGGGGACCUCUGAUCGCAAUUCGUGGCUUUCGAGUUCCCACCGUCAUCAUAAUCUCCAGGUCUUCUACUACAGCUGGCGUGUGAUUAUAAGAAAGGAAAAAGUGAAAUUAAGAAAAAAACAAAAAAACAAACAAAGAUUUCCUUUUUUCUGUUGUAUGUCUCCAUUUGUUUAUUUAUUCUCCGUGGUUGUGAAAUUUGGUGAUUACAAUUACGGAGCAGAAGCGCGUGAACGGAUAUGCAGAAGAGUGGGAGUCUGUCGAGAAGUAGUAAUAGUCCUUCAGUGAGAGUGUCGUCGCCGCCUCCGCCGCCUUCUCAGCAGUCGGUGAGGCGGCUGAGCUUGUGCUCCCAAAUAGCAACCCACUCUUCCCCAAUUGUGUUCCCAGAGAAACGUACUAAGAAGCUCAAGGCUUUCUCCAAACGCAGCGAAGCCCCUGUCACGGAUGAUCAGACUGAUAAAUCUAAGGGGGAAGAGCAUCGAAUCGACAUCGGAGGGGAUGAAAAGUCUGAUUUACUUGGGUAUGUGGUUUACACAGGGAAGCUCAUUUUGGAUAAGAGAAAGAAUACCCCAAAUAUUGCUAAUCUCGCCGAUGUAGAGCAGAAUUCUUCUACCGAUAUUGCCAAACAAGAAUCUGUUGCUGCUAAACUCACUAGCAAGGCGUUGGUUUGGGGUUCGCAUGUCUUGCCUCUUGAUGAUGUUAUCUCGGUAUCUUACAAUGUCGGUGUUAGGCAUUUCACUGUGCAUUCAUACCCUCUAAAAAAGGGUUCUUAUGGCCUUUCAUGCUUUAUUAAACCAAAGAGAAGUCGAAAGGAUUUUCGUUUCUUGGCUUCUAGUGUAGAAGAAGCUGUUCAAUGGGUUGGUGGGUUUGCAGACCAGCAAUGUUUCAUCAAUUGUUUGCCUCACCCUUUAGUUUCUUCAAAGAAGCAAGCUUCUUCUGAAUUGUUUCCAAUAGAUGCUCCUCCUGAGCUCGUCUUCAGGUGCAGGAAUCCACCAAAAAUGCUCGUCAUAUUGAAUCCAAGGUCAGGUCGGGGUCGUUCUAGUAAAGUUUUCCAUGGAAUUGUCGAACCAAUAUUUAAGCUUGCAGGGUUUAAAUUGGAGGUAGUCAAAACAACAUCUGCAGGCCAUGCCAAGAAGCUAGCAUCUACAGUUGAUAUCAGCACAUGUCCUGAUGGAAUAAUAUGCGUUGGUGGUGAUGGCAUUAUCAACGAGGUUCUAAAUGGUCUGCUUAGUAGAGACAAUCAGAAAGAAGGAAUUUCUAUACCCAUUGGAAUUAUACCAGCAGGGUCGGAUAAUUCACUGGUUUGGACUGUUCUUGGAGUUAGAGAUCCUGUCUCUGCCGCGAUUUCUAUUGUGAAGGGAGGUCUUACAGCUACAGAUGUUUUUGCUGUUGAGUGGAUUCAGACUGGUAUUAUUCACUUUGGAAUGACGGUUUCCUAUUAUGGAUUUGUCAGUGAUGUUUUAAAGCUUUCUGAGAAAUAUCAGAAACGAUUUGGUCCUCUACGAUAUUUUGUUGCUGGGUUCUUCAAGUUUUUGUGUUUGCCAACGUACAACUAUGAAGUGGAGUACCUUCCUGCAGAAAAAGAGGAUCGAGAAGGUAAAACCUCUGCUGAUCGGGAAGUAGUUGACAUGUCUGGCCUGUACACAGACGUUAUAAGGAGGUCAUGCAUAGAUGGCAUUCCUAGAGCCUCGAGUUUAUCUAGUAUUGAUUCAAUAAUGACUCCUAGCCGAAUGUCUGGAGGUGAGAUGGACACUUCUAGUAAUAUGCACGCCAGCACUGAACCAUCUGAGUAUGUACGAGGCCUUGAUCCUAAGACUAAACGGCUGUCAUCUAGCAGAAGCAAUGUAACAGCUGAGCCUGAAGUUAUUCAUCCUCAGAUACCACUCUCAUCGACUCUAAACUGGCCACGGACCAGAUCAAAAUCAAGGACAGAUAAAGGAUGGAGUGGAUUGACUGCAGCACAUGAUCCUUCGAGAUGUUCUUGGGGUAAUGCUGCAACAAAUGAUAGAGAGGAUAUAUCUUCAACAUUGUCCGAUCCUGGUCCAAUUUGGGAUGCUGAACCAAAGUGGGACACUGAGGCUAAUUGGGAUGUGGAAAAUCCUAUCGAGUUACCAGGGCCAUCAGAUGAUGUUGAUUCAGGAAUAAAUAAGGAAGUUGUCCCAAGACUUGAAGAUAAAUGGGUAUUGACCAAGGGGCCAUUUCUUGGCAUCAUUGUGUGCAACCAUGCAUGCAGAACCGUGCAAAGUUCUCAGGUGGUUGCUCCAAGAGCUGAACAUGAUGACAAUACCAUGGAUAUGCUCUUAGUUCAUGGGAGUGGGCGGUUGAGGUUGAUGAGAUUUUUCUUGCUGCUACAGAUGGGUAAACACCUUUCACUGCCAUAUGUUGAAUAUGUCAAGGUGAAAACAGUUAAGAUUAAGGCUGGGAAACACACACAUAAUGGUUGUGGUAUUGAUGGUGAGUUUUUCCCCCUCAAUGGACAAGUAGCAUCAUCUUUGCUUCCAGAACAGUGCAGACUAAUUGGUCGCUUCCCUGACCGUCAUGUAUAAUGAUUAAGAGAUGUGUUUUUUGAAAAUUUCUUUUUGCCAAUAUCUUGGAUGCCGGUGCUCUCUUCUCCUCUCGUGAGUAUCCUUAUACAGAAACAAUGUCUUGUGAUAUAUUUUUCAUGUUAAUCCCUCCCCUUUUGUGCCAUUACAUACAUACAGUGAGGAUCCCUGUAAAUUUUUGUUGGGUUUAUGUAUCUGUUGCUUGUUUAUUAUGUUCUUACUCUUACAGUAAAUACACUUUCCUCCCGUUAGAUUCUGUGUGACUGCGACCUUCUAAAUGUAUUAAACAUUUACCCAUCUUUGUUUACCUUUUAAAUUUCUUUACACCAUCAUCAUCAGAGCUUUUCCUCUGAUAUCUCAUUCCUUUCUAUGUACUUAGUUUCAUCAGUGCUAAGUAUAUCAUAUUUGAGGGAAGCUUCCAAGCCAUGGCAGGGCAAAUCGCCUAUGUAAGUUGGUUUUAAAAAUGGUGCAUGUAUGUAUGGAGUAUUUUGAUACAGGCAUUUGGAAUUUGGAUUAAUUUUAAGCUUUAUUUUUUGAGUUGUUUGUUUAUUGCUUAGAUCCCUUGUGUUAUUAUGACUUCUUAGUUCAGUUGGGGAGGAUUCUUGUUGGAGAGGGUGGGAUUUAUUUGGUGGAGUAGAUAUUUGAAUGUGGCAGUCGUUGGAACUUGGAGUCGCUGUUGGGUGAUGUAUGGCUGAUUGUGUUGAUGGAUGGGAAUAGGUUAGGUUGGCAUGGGUUUCGUAGGUUAUCCAUAAAAUAAUUAUUGUUGUAGGGUUUGCGUUUCCCACCUCUCAUUCCUCAUCCCCUCGCCACCAGUCCGGUCAUUUUCAGUCGCAAGCAAUGGAAUGGCACUGAUGAUAUCUAGACUCCCGUUCACCAUUUGAUCGUCAGAUUUAUUCUUUUUAGUACAAGUGUUUCUGGUCGGGUUACAAAUAUCUAAAAUUGCAAGCUUAUUAAUUAUUUAACUCCGGAUUAGAAAUUUAAUCAAUUCUUAGUUGUUUUCUUAAAAAAAACAUAAUCGGGUUUUAAAAGGCAAAUGAUUUGAUUUAAGAUUUGGAUUUGAGAGGUACUUUUUCAAUAUUUUUUAAAAAUGAAAAAUAUAAAAAUCUGACGAAAUCGAAAUUGAAGAACAAAAUACAGGACGUUGAAGGUCCGCCACAUCCCAAAGAUAACAAUAGUAAGUAACGAGUGGUAAUAAAAGACUCCACGCUCCCUCCACCUGCGCUUCGAUAGUUUCGAUUUAGAAAGUUCUUUUCCGUCACCAAGCUUACCUGACGUAGAAAACCCAAAGCCAAAGCCAAGGAAAGGAGAGGAGGAAGAAGCCGUGGUUGAAAGAGGAAUAGAGAUUAUGACGUUGGCUCUCUCUUCGGCAACGUCUGCUUCUUAUUUCAUCACUCGUCGUAAUGCAAAGCCUUCUCCGGUUAUCAAAACGACCUUCAUGACUUUGAAACCAGCGUCGUUUCCUUCCCCUUUAACCGCCGUCAUUGUGUCUGCCGGGGCGCGGAUAAUCGUUUCUUGCCAAGCUGUCUCCACCGCUUCCCUCGACAAGGACGAGAAAAACGCGUCGGUUUCGGGGUCCGCCGAAGCCGAUGAGGAAGCUAAAGUAGGGGCCAAGGUUAAGGUGAAGGUACCGGUCAAAGUGUAUCACGUCGUUCGCGUGCCGGAGUUGGAUCUGAUCGGUAUGGAAGGAGUGAUUAAGCAGUACGUUGGGAUCUGGAAAGGGAAACCGAUAUCAGCUAAUCUUCCUUACAAGGUGGAGUUUCUUAAGGAAAUUGAAGGCCGAGGACCUGUCAAGUUCUUCGUCCAUCUUAAAGAGGAGGAAUUGGAAUUCCUUGAUUAGAAAUCUCGGUUCUUCUCCGUACGCCAGGCAAAAUUACUCUUUUUUUAAGCAUCUAUUUGCUUUCUUUCUUAUAACCAAAAGCCAAUAAUUGCUCAUUGUUGUAUAUAUUUUACCUUUACCGUUCAGUUCUACCUGGGAAUCUGAUUUCUUUGUUUUUGUUUUCUGUUCGUUACUUUGUAGAGUCGAAGUUCCUAUACCUUAAAUAGAUUUGAACUUCUUAUAUCUAGAGUUACCUUAAAUAGAAUUGAAGUUCAUAUA